AUGCAUGAGCCUCAGCAAGCUAUGCAGCUUGUGGUUUUGUGGGCGGAAAAGAUGUCAAACAACAGGGCUCACCGCUUAAGUAUCAACGCCGUGAUGCUUGGGCCAACCUACGACUACAUCAUAGUUGGCGGCGGCGUGUCUGGUCUUGUUGUGGCUAAUCGGCUGAGCGAAGACCCUGAAGUGACUGUACUCAUUCUUGAGGCUGGUGACCUUGACUCCUGUUCUGAAAUCGUCACUGUCCCUGGCCUCAUCGGCCACGGCUUCCCUCCCGCGUAUAACUGGAACUUCACGACUACUCGCCAGGAGUUCCUCGACAACCGAACCAGGGACUAUGGUCAGGGUCAUGUUGUUGGUGGUGGCAGCAUCCUUAACGGGAUCGUCAUGACGAGGGGCACGGUGGCCGACUACAAUGCCUGGGAAGCCCUGGGCAACCCUGGCUGGGGCUGGAAGGGGCUCUUGCCGUAUUUCAAGAAGAAUGAGCGCUUCGAGGCCAAUUUCCCCCAAGCACAUGCGGAUACCCUGCCGAUUAGGCCUGAUCUCACGCUCCACGGUACAAACGGUCCCCUCGAAGUGACCUAUCCCAACUACCUCUACAACCAGUCAAGCAACUUCCUGCAGGGCUUCUCCGAGCUUGGCAUGCCCGUUCAGCCCGACCCAAACACAGGUGCCCUAUUGGGAGCCAUGAUUGUGCCCGCCAGCAUGUUGGCCAAGAACCAGUCCCGCCACGACGCUAGGAGGGCCUACCUCGAUCCGGUACUGCAUCAUCGCCCUAACCUCCAUCUGGCUGUUCAGCAGACCGUUACGCGGCUGCUGCUUAGGACGGAGGAGAACAGCACGAUCGUGGCACCGCAUUUUGGGAGAAGGGUGGCUGUGGCAUAUGGAGUUGAGUUCACGACAUCCGCGGAGGAGCCUCGCCGGACCGUGUCAUGCAACCACGAAGUCAUCCUCGCCGCUGGAGCCAUCGUCUCGCCUGCUCUGCUACAGGUCUCGGGAAUCGGUCCUGCGCCAAUUCUCAACGAGCUGAACGUCUCGGUGCAUGUCAACCUGCCAGGCGUUGGCUUCAACUUGCAGGACCACGCUAUGGUCGGGGCGUUCUACAAUUACACCAAACCCGGCCUCUUCACCGAGCACUCACUCGUCGGCCCCGUCCUCGAGCGAGCCAAACAAGAGUACUCCGCCAACCGCACAGGACCCCUAACCUCCCCCCUCAUAACAACCGUUGCCUUCACUUCCCUCCACGCCCUCCUCGCCAACGACACGAAUCACCACCCCUUCUUCAACACCAUCGCGAACCUCACCUCCCCCACCUUCUCCCUGCAAUCCCUACCCCCCGGUUCGGGCCGACACACCUCGCUCGUCCGCGGGUAUACCGCCCAACUCGCCGUCUUGCGCAAACUCCUCGCCCGGAAAGACCUCCCCGCUCUGGAGAUCAUGGCCGAUUCGAUCGGCACAUUGACGGUUUCCGUACAGAGGCCUCUCAGUAGGGGAAGUGUGAGGGCACUGAAUAGGGAUUUGCUUGCAGGGGAGAGGGGCGUAGCGGGCAACGUCGCCCUAGACCCGCGCUACUGUGCGCACGAGUAUGAUUGUGCCCUGUUAGUGCAGGCGUUGCGGUUCAACCGGAGGGUGAUUGCCACAAAGGCGAUGCAAGAGCUGAUGCCUCGACCGGGAAAGCCGUGGGCUGAUCCUGCUACCGUGGAGGAUGCUGAGAAGACGUAUGAGGAGGAGGGAGACAAUGAGCAGGAUAACGAAGCGCUGCUGGGGGCGGUCAAGGAGAGGAUCCAGACCGAGUUUCAUGUGUCGGGGACGACGGCGAUGAUGCCUUUGGAUAUGGGUGGUGUGGUGAAUCCGAGGCUGGUGGUUUAUGGGACGGCGAAUGUUAGGGUUGUUGACGCGGGGAUUAUGCCGCUGGUCGUCGGGGCGCACUUGCAAGCGGGGGUAUACGCUGUUGCUGAGAAGGCUGCUGAUCUCAUCAAGGAGGACCGGAAGGUCUGGCUAGGUCCUCCGUCUCCUGCCUCUAUCCCGUCGCCAAGUGGCACGGUUUUCAACAAGGGUAAUGGCAUCUCAGGCCCAAAGGAGGGCAGAAACUGCACCUUCGGCAUGAGCAGCCGUCCAAGUCAUGGCCAUCGUCAUGAUACUAUGCAUCGCAAGCCUGCUGCCUGA